UUAACACCAGCGUUUCGAUAAUAAACAAAAAAAUUGUUUAUUGACAAACUGGAGACUGUCAUCGUGAACAAAAUCAAAACGCGUGUUGUUCGUAAAAGUUUGCCUGAAGUAGUUAUUUUCGCUGUUUUUGCUAUUUAUAAUAUCUGACUAAAAUGGCCAACAAAAAAUUAAAACUUAAGCGACUCAACGGUCAAAGAGCCGCCCAACUAAAGAGGAUGAUCAAAACAUCCGACAACAGAUUGAAGGAAGCCGAUCGGAAUGCUUCCAAAAAGAAGAAAUCCGGUGAAACCGAACGCCAAGUGAUGGAGAAGCCACAAACAAGCUCGGCUAUGUUCUUCCAAUAUAAUACACAAUUGGGGCCCCCAUAUCACAUACUCGUGGACACUAAUUUCAUCAACUUUAGCAUUAAAAACAAACUGGACAUAGUCAAAACCAUGAUGGACUGCCUGUACGCAAAAUGCAUUCCGUACGUUACGGAUUGUGUCGUGGGUGAGCUGGAAAAGCUAGGCCAGAAGUACAAGCUCGCUCUGCGCAUAGUCAAGGAUUCCCGGUUCGAGCGGAUCAAGUGCCUGCACCGGGGAACCUACGCCGAUGAUUGCCUGGUCCAGCGCGUAAUGCAGCACAAGUGCUACAUCGUGGCCACCAACGAUAAGGACCUGAAGCGGCGAAUCCGAAAAAUACCGGGCGUGCCCAUCAUGAACGUGGCCAUGAACCGGUACGUGAUAGAGCGGAUGCCCGAUGCAUUCGAGCCCAUGGCAAAGAAAUGAAACACAAAUAUAGUUAAUUUUUCUACAGUUAUUUACCUAAAAA